AUGACAGGAAACAUCCAGGCUACCUAUUCCCUUACGAGCGAUGACCGAACCUAUCUUGUCAUGCCUCUAUUUCACGUACACGGACUCCUCGCUGCUUUCCUUGCCCCGUUGCAGUCCGGAGGUUCUGUCGUUGUACCGCCCAAGUUCUCUGCCUCUGAGUUCUGGUCGGAAUUUAUCACCUACAAGGCCAAUUGGUAUACGGCAGUGCCAACCAUACACCAGAUCCUUCUUAAGCACCCAUUCCCAUCCCCGAUGCCGAAGAUCCGAUUCAUUCGCUCAUGUUCGUCACCGCUAUCUCCCAAGACGUUCCACGAAAUUGAGAGUGCGUUCGAUGCUCCUGUUCUAGAAGCAUAUGCCAUGACUGAAGCCUCUCAUCAAAUGACCAGCAAUCCACUCCCACCGGGAAAGAGGAUGCCUGGAAGUGUUGGCAUUGGUCAAGGUGUGGAGAUCCGUAUCCUGGACGAUAAUGGCAAGGAAGUUCCCCAGGGCUCCGAGGGAGAGAUCUGUGUACGAGGUGAAAACGUCACCAAGGGCUAUCUCAACAACCCUGCUGCCAAUAAAUCGUCCUUCACCAAGGAUGGCUUCUUCCGUACCGGCGACCAGGGUAAGAAGGACCAAGACGGCUAUGUCUUUAUCACCGGUCGAAUCAAGGAGUUGAUCAACAAGGGUGGAGAGAAGAUCAGCCCUAUUGAGCUGGACAAUGUCAUUGCCCAGAAUCCGCAUGUCGCCGAAGCCGUCUCCUUUGCCAUCCCAGACAACAUGUACGGUGAGAAUAUCGGCGUGGCUGUCGUUCUCAAGAAAAAGGGAAGCAUAUCAGAGGACCAGCUGAAGUCUGAGAUUGCACCGAAGGUCGCUAAGUUCAAGGUUCCUCAGAGAGUGAGUAUACAAAAGCCGUAA